GGGUGAGUGCGGGAGGGCGGCGGGCGGCUCUGUCGCCCGGGCGGGCUGGCAGCCGUGUGCCCGUCUCCCGCAGCGGUGCUGGCGGAGGUGAUCAAGGCGUUCGGGGCGCCCGAGAACGCGCAGCGCAUGGAGGAGGCUCGGGACAACGCCUGCAACGACAUGGGCAAGAUGCUGCAGUUCCUCCUGCCCGUGGCCACCCAGAUCCAGCAGGACGUGAUCAAAGCCUACGGCUUCAGCAACGACGGCGAAGGGGUCCUGAAGUUUGCUCGGCUGAUCAAGUCCUACGAGUCGCAGGACCCGGAGAUCGCCAGCAUGUCGGGCAAGCUCAAGGCCAUGUUCCUGCCGCCCAUGACGCUGCCGCCGCACGGGGCCGGGACCGGUGGAGUGGCAGCCUCCUGAGACCGUGGACCUCUCCUGCCCCACCGGGUCACGGUGCUCUGGCGGGGGCUGUCAGCCCCGGGAAUGGAGAACUUCAACAAGGGAGACGCUGACCUGAAAGAAACGUGAUGCUUUGUGCGUGCUUGUGUCUGCUCGUGAAUAAAAAAUGCCUUGAAAAUG